CGAGGGAGGGGGCGCCCGCGCCGCCAUAUUCCCUCCCGCCGGCCAGCCCCGCGGCGCGCAGCCACCAUGAGCACCGCCGCCUUCCACAUCUCCAGCCUCCUGGAGAAGAUGACGUCCAGCGACAAGGACUUCAGGUUCAUGGCCACCAGCGACCUGAUGUCGGAGUUGCAGAAGGACUCCAUUCAGCUGGACGAGGACAGCGAGCGCAAGGUGGUGAAGAUGCUGCUCCGGCUCCUGGAGGACAAGAACGGUGAGGUGCAGAACCUGGCUGUUAAGUGCCUGGGUCCUCUGGUGGGCAAAGUGAAGGAGUACCAGGUGGAGACCAUCGUGGACACCCUGUGCGCCAACAUGCGGUCAGACAAGGAGCAGCUGCGAGACAUCGCCGGCAUUGGCCUCAAGACCGUCCUCUCGGAGCUCCCCCCUGCAGCCACAGGCUCCGGGCUGGCCACCAACGUGUGCCGGAAGAUCACGGGCCAGCUCACCAGUGCCAUUGCCCAGCAGGAGGAUGUGGCUGUGCAGCUGGAAGCCCUGGACAUCCUCUCUGACAUGCUGAGCAGGCUGGGUGCCCCGCUGGGCGCCUUCCAUGCUAGCCUCCUGCACUGUCUGCUGCCACAGCUGAGCAGCCCGCGCCUGGCCGUGCGCAAGCGGGCGGUAGGAGCGCUUGGCCACCUGGCGGCCGCCUGCAGCACCGACCUCUUCGUGGAACUCGCUGACCACCUACUGGACCGGCUUCCCGGCCCACGGGCGCCCACCAGCCCGGCUGCCAUACGCACCCUGAUCCAAUGUUUGGGCAGCGUCGGCCGCCAGGCCGGCCACCGCCUCGGGGCUCACCUGGACCGCCUGGUGCCCCUGGUGGAGGAUUUCUGCAACCUGGAUGAUGAUGAGCUCCGGGAGUCCUGCCUCCAGGCUUUUGAGGCCUUCUUGAGGAAGUGCCCCAAGGAAAUGGGCCCUCACGUGCCCAACGUGACCAGCCUCUGCCUCCAGUACAUAAAACAUGACCCCAACUACAACUACGACAGUGAUGAGGAUGAGGAGCAGAUGGAGACAGAGGAUAGUGAAUUCAGUGAGCAAGAGAGUGAGGAUGAGUACAGCGAUGAUGAUGACAUGAGCUGGAAGGUGCGCCGGGCAGCUGCCAAGUGCAUCGCAGCCUUGAUCAGCUCGCGGCCUGACCUGCUGCCUGAUUUCCACUGCACCCUGGCACCUGUGCUCAUCCGCCGCUUCAGAGAACGCGAGGAGAAUGUCAAGGCUGAUGUCUUCACCGCUUACAUCGUGCUGCUGCGGCAAACGCAGCCCCCAAAGGGAUGGCUGGAGGCCAUGGAGGAACCCACCCAGACCGGCAGCAACCUCCACAUGCUACGUGGACAGGUGCCCCUUGUGGUCAAGGCCCUGCAGCGGCAGCUUAAAGAUCGGAGCAUCAGAGCGCGCCAGGGAUGCUUCAGCCUCCUCACCGAGCUGGCAGGCGUCCUCCCCGGCAGCCUGGCUGAGCACAUGCCUGUGCUGGUAUCAGGCAUCAUCUUCUCGCUGGCCGACCGCUCCAGCUCCUCCACCAUCCGGAUGGAUGCCCUGGCCUUUCUGCAGGGGCUGCUGGGCACUGAACCAGCUGAGGCCUUCCACCCACACUUGCCCACCCUCCUGCCACCUGUGAUGGCCUGUGUGGCUGACCCUUUCUAUAAGAUUGCAGCUGAGGCCCUGGUGGUGUUACAGGAGCUGGUGCAGGCCCUGUGGCCGCUGGACAGGCCUCGGAUACUGGAUCCUGAGCCGUAUGUUGGAGAGAUGUCUGCGGUUACCCUGGCGCGACUCCGUGCCACUGACCUGGACCAGGAGGUGAAGGAGCGGGCCAUUUCCUGCAUGGGCCACCUUGUAGGCCACCUGGGUGACCGGCUUGGGGAUGACCUGGAGCCCAUAUUACUGCUCCUCCUGGACCGCCUGCGGAAUGAGAUCACCCGGCUGCCUGCCGUCAAGGCGCUUACGCUGGUGGCUGUGUCCCCGCUGAAGCUUGAUCUACAGCCCAUCCUGGCCGAGGCACUGCCCAUUCUGGCCUCAUUCCUGCGGAAGAAUCAGCGGGCUUUGCGACUGGCCACACUGGCAGCCCUGGAUGCCCUGGCCCAGAGCCAGGGCCUCAGCCUCCCACCGUCUGCCGUGCAGGCUGUGCUGGCUGAGCUGCCUGCCCUGGUCAACGAGAGUGACAUGCACGUGGCCCAGCUGGCUGUGGACUUCCUUGCCACAGUGACCCAGGCCCAGCCAGCCUCUUUGGUAGAGGUCAGUGGCCCUGUGCUCUCAGAGCUGCUGCGGCUGCUGCGUUCACCCCUGUUGCCAGCCGGGGUUCUGGCAGCCGCUGAAGGCUUCCUGCAGGCCCUGGUGGGGACCCGUCCCCCAUGUGUGGACUAUGCUAAACUCAUCAGCCUGCUCACUGCUCCUGUUUAUGAGCAGGCUGUGGAUGGUGGGCCUGGCCUGCACAAGCAGGUGUUCCACUCAUUGGCCCGGUGUGUGGCAGCCCUCUCAGCUGCCUGUCCCCAAGAGGCGGCAAGCACAGCCAACCGUCUGGUCUGCGAUGCCAGGUCACCCCACUCCAGCACGGGGGUCAAAGUCCUGGCAUUCCUGUCGCUGGCUGAGGUGGGUCAGGUGGCUGGGCCAGGCCCCCAGCGGGAGCUGAAGGCAGUGCUCCUGGAAGCCUUGGGGUCACCCAGUGAGGAUGUGAGGGCUGCAGCCUCGUAUGCACUGGGCCGUGUGGGUGCUGGCAGCCUGCCCGACUUCCUGCCCUUCCUGCUGGAGCAGAUUGAGGCUGAGCCCCGACGACAGUACCUGCUGCUGCACUCACUUAGGGAGGCCCUGGGGGCCGCCCAGCCUGACAGCCUGAAGCCCUACGCUGAGGACAUCUGGGCCCUGCUGUUCCGGCGCUGCGAGGGCGCCGAGGAGGGCACCCGGGGGGUGGUGGCCGAGUGCAUUGGGAAGCUGGUCCUUGUGAACCCUUCAUUCCUUCUGCCCCGCUUCCGGAAGCAGCUUGCUGCAGGUCGGCCACACACCCGGAGCACCGUCAUCACAGCGGUCAAGUUCCUCAUCUCGGACCAGCCCCAUCCCAUUGACCCCCUCCUGAAGAGCUUCAUCGGAGAGUUCAUGGAGAGCCUGCAGGACCCAGAUCUGAACGUGCGCCGUGCGACUCUGGCUUUCUUCAACUCAGCUGUGCACAACAAGCCCUCGCUAGUCCGGGACCUGCUGGAUGACAUCCUGCCCCUCCUCUACCAGGAGACAAAGAUCCGCCGGGACCUCAUCCGAGAGGUGGAAAUGGGUCCCUUUAAACAUACAGUGGACGAUGGGCUGGACGUGCGGAAGGCGGCCUUUGAGUGCAUGUAUUCACUGCUUGAGAGCUGCCUGGGCCAGCUGGAUAUCUGUGAGUUCCUGAACCAUGUGGAGGACGGGCUGAAGGACCACUACGACAUCCGGAUGCUGACCUUCAUUAUGCUUGCCCGGCUGGCCACCCUGUGUCCUGCACCUGUCCUGCAGAGGGUGGACCGACUCAUUGAGCCACUAAGGGCCACCUGCACUGCCAAGGUCAAAGCUGGUUCCGUGAAGCAGGAGUUUGAAAAGCAAGAUGAACUGAAGCGCUCUGCGAUGAGGGCAGUGGCUGCCCUGCUGACCAUCCCCGAGGUGGGGAAAAGCCCCAUCAUGGCCGACUUCUCUUCCCAAAUCAGAUCCAACCCUGAACUUGCUGCCCUCUUUGAAAGCAUCCAGAAGGAUUCCACUUCAGCCCCCAGUACAGACUCAAUGGAGCUCAGCUAGUCCCCCCAGCACCGAGGUGGGCCCUCACUUAAGAGAAAGGAGCCCACCCAAGCCCAAGGCCUCCCCAUUGCCCACUGCAGGUCUCUACUUUUGCCCUUCCACCAUCUCACUGGGGGCCCUGCCGCUCCUGGUCAGGGCUUACAGUGCCUUCUCCAGGGACCCAACUCAAAAGGACCCCAGCCCGAGCUGCGAGGCUGCCAACAGUUGGGCCCCUUCCUUAACUCAGGACAGUCAUCCAAAGAAAUAGGGUGAGGAAGUUUUCCAGUGACUUCACACUGUAUCCCUCCAUAGUCUGUCUGGUUCCUUCAGAGGGUGUCUCUGCCUCACAAACUAAUAGCAUUUAGAAAUAGGCUGUGCUGUCAGCUGUAAAAGGUCAGGAGGCCACAGACACCACUCUGGUUUCUUCACUGCAUUCAGCAAUGCCUGAAGUUAGUGCUCAGGCCGGGCAUCUCAAAAAGAAAAGAUACUUGGGUCAUUCACAUUUUAAAAUUCAAAACGGUUCAUUUCUAAGUGGCAGCGAUGAAUCAGAAAUUUGGAUGAUAUGUUUCUUUUCCAGGGAGAAAUGGGUUGGGUAGGGAACUGGACAGGCUUGGACCUCGUUUCAUUUCUAAUUUCAAAAUACUUAUUAGCAAAUUGGGCAACAAGGAAUUAGACAUCUUCCAUGCCACCACCCAGGCAUAACCAGUUGGUUUGUUUCCUUCUGAGGAAGGUUUCAAGUGUGUCUAGUGUUUAGCAUUGAGGACAAAGAAAUGCAAGUGGCAGGCCCAAGUAUUUUCUGUGACAUCCCAGGUUAAUAAAGAUUAGAUUCUAAGUUA